AAUCCCAGGGAGGCUCAUUCCAGAUCUGCCAUCUCUGAUGGACUGGGAAUUCUUGGAGCAUCUGGUGGUUUUUCUGAACUUUAGGGAAUUUUGGGGAGGAUUAGGAUAUUCCAGGGUGAAUCUGGCACUGCCUUUUAAAAUAAAACCAAACCCAAAACCCAACAACAACAACAAAAAAGCACUUUUCCUUUGGUUUUGGGUGAAUUCCAUCCCAAAUCAAUCCCGAAUGGAAAAGCUGGGAUAGAGGAAGCUGGAGCGAAGUGUAAAUGUUUGUGUGGCUGUCCUGGGGUGAUGGGCUGGCACGGGGGUCUCCCAUUGGGAUCAGGAUUUAUCAGGGAUGGGGAGGGCAGGAUUCUUGGAAAAUCCAGAGAAUCUUCUCCUGGCGAUCCCAUGGAGCCAUGACUCAUGAAAUACGAGCACCCAGCGCCGGGAUGGGCUGGCACCAAUGAGUUCUGUUGGAUUGGGGAUUUAUCCGGGAGAAAAGCCCGGGAAUGCCGUGCUGGUGCUCCGCAGGGAUCCCGAAUGUCUCGGUGCUCUCCGCAGGGUGGUCCCGUCCCGUCCCCGCCGGGCUCUCCAUGCGAGCCGAGCCCCGAUGGCCGCGCUCCCGAGCGCCGGGAUCAAGCGCAAGCCGGAGGAUUCGGGAUUGGGAUCAGGAUCGGGAUUGGGAUCAGGAUCGGGAUUGGGAUCAGGAUCGGGAUUGGGAUCAGGAUCGGGAUUGGGAUCGGCCGCAUCCAGCGGCGCCACCUCGGACGAUGAGAUCGCCACGAGCGACAGCGGCGACAGCUGCGACAGCGGCAGCUCCGGCAGCACCGGGCCCCCGUCCAUCCUGCGGCGCUCGCGGGCGCGCCGGGGCGGGAAGCGCGUGCGCUUCGCUCAGGUCACCGUUUACUACUUCGCCCGGCGCCAGGGCUUCACCUGCGUGCCCAGCGCCGGCGGCAGCUCCCUGGGCAUGGCCCCGCGGCACCACCGCGCCCGCAGGUACAGCCUCAGCCAGUUCGCUCACCUGCGCCAGGUGAGCCACCGGCAGCACCUGCGGCAGCACCUCCGCAGGGAGAAACUGCGCGCCAGGAGGAGAGAGCUGACCCAGAACGGGACGGUGCCGUCGGCCGAGGCCGCGGGGCUGACCUUGGCCGACGUGUCCGACGAUGACCUGGACGUGGGGCAGGUGGAGGUGGGCGAUUAUUUCUACCUGCAGCCGCUGCCCACCAAGCGGCGCCGGGCGCUGCUCCGCGCCUCGGGCGUGCGCAGGAUCGAUGCCGAGGAGCGGCAGGAGCUGCGGGCGCUGCGCCUGUCCCGCGAGCAGUGCGGCUGCCUCUGCCGCCUCACCUGCGAGCCGCGCACCUGCGCCUGCAGCCAGGCCGGCAUCCAGUGCCAGGUGGAUCGCACGUCGUUCCCGUGCGGCUGCUCCCGGGACGGCUGCGGGAACGUGGCCGGGCGGAUCGAGUUCAACCCCCUGCGCGUCCGCACCCACUUCCUGCACACCCUGAUGAAGCUGGAGCUGGAGAACCGGCGGGAGGAGGAGGAAGAGGAGGGAGCAGCCGCCCUCCCCGGCCCCACCUGGCCGCCCCCACAGCCCCCCGAGACUCAGGACUUCCAGGAAUACCUGGCGGAGAACGAGCGGGCGGUGCUGCACCUGCAGACGGCCGAGGAGCUGGAGAGGCUGAAGGCUGAGGAAGACUCUGGAAGCGGCUCUGGGGGAGAGGGGGGUGGGGUCUGUGUCCUGGGGGAGCACCUGGAUGACACCUGGCAGGUGAAACCACCCCCGUGCCCCGGGCUCACCUCCACCAUCCUCAUCCCAGCCCAGUUCCCGCUGGAAUCUUCUGUGCUGUGCUACCCUGCCGGGCAGCCGGCCCCGGGGGGCUCCCAGCCUUACCUGCCCGAUGCACCUGGGCUCUACUGCCAGGUGGAGCCACGGGCCGGUGCCAAGGGUGGGAGUGGCCACGUGGAGCAUCCAGCUCCAGCCUCCAGCCCCCCUGGGAAGGAGCUGGGGGUCGCACCUGUCCCUGCUGCUGUGAGCAAGGGAGGAGCACCCCAAAAUCUCCCAGAGCACCUGGAGCACCCCCACCUGCCCAUAUGAGCGGCCUCAGGCCCUCUGGCUCCAUUAUUUAUUCCAUGGAUUGAUUAUUUAGUUGGUGGGGGCUGCUCUGGACAGAGGAUUUGCCUGGCCCAGGGCCAGGAGUCCUUCACUCACCUGACAGAGGUCACCUGUGCCAGGACUCACCUGAGCUGGAGCCUCCUGGAUCCCAUGGCAGCUCUGUCCCCCUGGCUGCCUCCACUUUCCUUGUUUUUAAGGGAAAAAGCCUUUUUUCCCUAACUCCUGUCUGUUUAAUGAAUGUUUCACCUGGGCCACAUCCCAUCCCACCUCAUCCAGGUGAUGCUCCCUCACCUGCAGCUGGGAUGGAUUGGGAAGCACCUGGAACUGCCACAGGAGACCCAGGACUGGAAUCCCCAAACUCACCUGGAAAAUUCUGGGGAGUUGAACCAACUUCACCUCCUUGUUGGCCUGGAAUUGAUCACCUGUACCUGUCAGAACCUUCUGGAAUGUUCAUUCACUUGCUGGGAGAUCUUUCCAGCAGCUGUUGAGGAGCUGCCCUUGCAAGGACCAGGAUUUGGGAAUGCGAGGCUGCCGGAAUGUCCCUGCCCCUGCCUGUGAUCCCAGCCCAUUCCUGGUGGGCUCUGUGCAUCCAGAGGGUCCUGGACCGAUCCCUGCAGGUGUGCACAGGUGUCCCAUGGAUGCAAUGUCACCUGGCCCUGCCCUACCUGAUCCCUGAGCUCUCAGUUGGCUCCUUGCCCAUCCCAGGUGAGCUCCAUCCAUCCAUCCAGGUGAGCCCCACCUGGCUGUGUUUCCCAAAGAACCUGUCCUGCCACUGCAGCACUCAGGAUCCAACCCGAUGGCAGCAGGAUCAGAGCCCUGCAGGUGUGCACAGGUGUCCAGCUCCUGCUAUCCCAUGGAUGUACCAUUCCUGGUGAGCCCAACUUCCAGUGAGAAGGAGCACCUGGAACUCCCUGUGCUGCUCCUCAGGUGCUUCCUGCUCACCUGCGCUCCUCCUGGCUCCGGGCAUCUCCACUGGCAUCAAACUGGUCAGACUGGGAUGGAUUCAGGUUCUCCAGGUCUGGAGUCUCCUGGAGAAUUCACCUGGUCUGUCCAGCCUUUCCUUGGACUGGGAUUCAUGGAAAACCUGCCUGUGCUCUGGACCUUCCUGAGGCUCUGGGAUCUGUCUUGGGGUGAAACUUCUCAUUUCUGGGGCUUUUCCCUCUUUUUUGGCUCCAGCCAGGUGAGAUCAACCUGGGCCAGGAGCAGUUCCAGCCUGGGAGGAGGCAGGAGUGGUGGAAAGUCAGGAUGUGGGGUGGGGCUGCUGCUCUCCAGCCCAGCCCAGGUUGGGUCUGUGCCCUUGGGAUUUGCUCACCUGGAUGCUCUUGGAUUUUGGGAUCUGCUCACCUGCUUGGGCCUGUGCCCCAAAUCCUGUGUUCUGCUCACCUGGACCCUACAGAUUGUGGGAUCUGCUCUGGAUCUGCUCCCCUGGGCACUCCCAGACCCUGGAUCUGCUCCCCUGGGCACUCCCAGACCCUGGAUCUGCUCACCUGGGCACUCCCAGACCCUGGAUCUGCUCCCCUGGACACUCCCAGACCCUGGAUCUGCUCACCUGGGCACUCCCAGACCCUGGAUCUGCUCCCCUGGGCACUCCCAGACCCUGGAUCUGCUCACCUGGGCACUCCCAGACCCUGGAUCUGCUCCCCUGGGCACUCCCAGACCCUGGAUCUGCUCACCUGGGCACUCCCAGACCCUGGAUCUGCUCCCCUGGGCACUCCCAGACCCUGGAUCUGCUCACCUGGGCACUCCCAGACCCUGGAUCUGCUCCCCUGGGCACUCCCAGACCCUGGAUCUGCUCACCUGGUCUGGUCUGUGCCUUCAGGACCUGCUCACCUGGAUGCUUCCAGACCUUGGGAUCGCAGGGACCCAAAUCCCCCAAUCCAGCUGCUGCCACCCCUUUAUUUUCCUGACUUUUUGAUUUCACCGUUGGCUUUU